AUGGAUCUCUGGUGUUUUGGCAAGAAGAAACCCCAGACAUUGUCUCUCUCCGAUUGUAAGCAGUUCUACAGAAGCUUCUCGAAGAUGGUAGAUCUGUCAGACGCGAGGAAGAAAGCCUCCAAGAUGUCGCGGAAAGACCUCCACCGGAUAAACCGGAACAAUGUCAGCCGUCGCUUUCAUAAUAGCAAGAUUCGCCUGGACCGGGAAAAGCUUGAAAAGAUCCAGCACGCCUUGGAAAACAAGAAGCUCUCACUGUCGGUUACUGCAUUGGACGACGUCAUCAACUCUCUCUUCUCCGACCUUGCCAAACCUUCAGCCUACGCUUCAUUGCACACCCCAAACUUGGACAAGCUCAAACAAGUACACGAGUCUGUUACACGGUCCGAUGCGACCAAAGACAGCCGAAUUCGUACACUUGUGGCCGGUCACAACGACAUGUCGGAAGAGCUUCGCCACAAGAAUGCAGAGCUCGACAUCGCUCGGACCGAAGCAUCUGAUCUAAAGGAUGACUGUCAACGAUUGGAUGCGCAACUGCAAAAGCUGGCCGACAACAAGUUCAACAUCGAAGAAUCAUUUCGCAAAUGUAGGUACGACCUGCGACAGGCUGAGUUCAACCUCACCGAGAGUUCUCGGAGAGUGGCGAAUCUCGAGACUCAAAUUGAGCGAACGCGUAUGUCCGCACGAGAUGCCGACGAGCGCGCAGAAAGCAUCAACGACGAACUUCAGGAUGCAAACCGCCAGCUGAGAGACUCCGAGCGCGAACGUGCAAAGCUUGAGGACGAGCGCGAUCGACUUCAGACUGAGUUGAAGACAGCCAAAGAGCAGCUGAACGGUGAAGCGGGUCUUGAGAAGAAGACUCGUCAUCUGGACGCUGCCCACGAGCUCGUUCGCCAGCUCAAAGAUGAAAUCUCGGCUCUCAAAGAGCAACACGCAGAUGUCGUCUCCAACAAGGAGAAGGACCUGAGAGAACUCCAAGAGAUAAACAAGAACGCUAUUUCUCGUAAGAGCAAGGAGAUGCAGGAUCAUCGUAGGAAGUAUCAAGUCGCUCUCUCAAGCAAAGAGAAGAAGAAUGAAGACUUGCGCAACGAUCUCACUGCUACGAUCAACGCCAAAGAUGCGGAGCUCGAAGGAUUACGCGCCGAACAUGUUGCCGCCAUCACCGCUAAAAACGGGCAGCUCGAAGCCAAACACCAGUCUGAAGUCGCGAUCAUCACUCGCCAUGGAAUCGAAACGCGAAAGCUUCGCGAAGAGGUCGAUUCGGUUAAGGUGCAAAAGGACGACAAAGUCAAAGAGCUCGACGCUUUGGUAUCUAGCCAUGAUGCCGCAAUGCGUGAGCUUCGUCAACAGCUCGAUUUGGUCACUCGGCAAAAGGACGACAAAGCCCAGGAGCUGGAAGAUUCACGCAACAAGCACAUCGCUGACGCGGCCGACAAGGAGAAGGAGUUUGACGACAUUGUAUCUAGCCAUGAAAGCCAAAUGCAGGAGCUGCGCAAAGAGCUCGAUCUGGCUAGGGACCAAAAGGCCGAUGAAGCUGAGAGGCUAGAACUUUCGAGCACCGAACUUGCUGCCGCGAUCAAUCUCAAGGACGCAGAGCUGCAGGAAGCACACUACGAACUCGCCAUCGCCGUCUCUUGCAAGGAAUCAGAGAUUGGCUCACUCCACACCAAACACGCCGCCGCCAUCUCUGGCAAGGAAUCAGAGAUUGGCUCACUUCACACCGAGCACGCCGCUACUAUCGCUCGCAAGGAUGCAGAGCUCAAGAAAGCCCACGACGACUACGCCAUCGCCAUCUCUGGCAAGGAAUCAGAGAUUGGCUCACUCAACACCAAGCACACCGCUGUCAUCGCCCGCAAAGAUGAGGAGCUUGAAACAUUGCGCGCCGGACACGCCGCCGCCAUAGUCCGCAAGGACAACGACACGAUUUCUUCUCUAGCGCCACAACAGACAUCUUCAGCAUCUGAAGGUGAAGAGAAGCGCCGUGCGGAUCUUCUGAAGGCCUCGGUCGAAGUACAGGACGCGAAGAUCAUGGCCAUUGGGAGGGAGUAG